AUGUCCACCACACUUCUUCGCACAUCUACCGCAGCUCGUGCUGCUCUUAGAGCCAGCUCUUCUAAACGAGCUGCCUCAAUGGCAAGCACAAGCUUCAUCCGUGGAAAGGCUACUCUUCCAGAUCUCCCAUAUGACUACGGUGCGCUCGAACCCUCGAUCUCCGGUAAGAUCAUGGAGCUUCAUCACAAGAACCAUCACCAAACCUACGUUAACAGCUUCAACGCUGCGAGCGAGCAAGUCGAAGCCGCUACAUCUAAGGGAGAUAUUGCUGCUGCCAUUGCAUUACAACCCCUCAUCAACUUCCACGGAGGUGGACAUGUGAACCAUAGUUUGUUCUGGGAGAAUUUGGCACCAAGUAAGAAUGGUGGUGGUGGAGAGCCCACAGGUGCUUUGAAGACUGCCAUUGAGACCAGCUACAAAGAUUUCUCAUCCUUCAAGACGAAAUUCAACGCAGCUUUGGCGGGCAUCCAAGGAAGUGGAUGGGCGUGGUUAGUCAAAGACAACGAGACUGGUCAAGUUCAAAUCAGAACAUAUGCAAACCAGGAUCCAGUCGUAGGCAAGUACACUCCAUUAUUGGGUGUUGAUGCUUGGGAGCAUGCGUACUAUCUUCAAUACCAAAACAGAAAGGCAGAGUAUUUCAGUGCUAUUUGGGAUGUAAUUAACUGGAAGACUGUGGAGAGCAGAUUGAAGUGA